UGCUAAAAUAAUACCUCCAUAAUUCCUUGAAUAUCUCCAGACAUACCUAACUAUAAGGCAUUUAGUCACUUUAAGAUCUUGACUUCAAAUUUUCAAAUCCUGUUUGUCAUUUUUAAAACCAUAUAGGCUGAACUUUCAAAGCUUCCUUUUAAUCUUUUAAAUCUUUAAAUAUGCUAGUACACCUUGAACUGUGAGGAGAUAGUCACCUCCUACAGGACAUUAUCAACAGGGACAGACUGUCCAACCUUACUCCCUGCAGGUCUAUAAGUAUAAGUAUAGCUCAAACUGACCCCAUAUGAGGCAGAUUCAUACUGCCCAGCUGGCUAUGGAAGAUGGAGCCGGCGCUCUGCUACGAGUACAUAAAUGCUUCAUGUCUGAGGACCAUCUAUCCCUUGCCCACACGCAUCACCCUCUACGUGAUUCUGGGGUUCACAGUCAUCAUAACAGUGUGUGGAAACCUGUUGGUAACUGUCUCUAUCACCUAUUUUAAGCAGCUCCACACUCCAACCAAUUGCCUCUUAGUGUCUCUGGCUGUUUCUGACCUCCUUCUGGGGUUGUUAGUCAUGUUCCCCAGUAUGAUUCGAUGCAUAGAGACUUGCUGGUAUUUUGGUGACGUCUUCUGUAAAGUCUACAUGAGCUCUGAUGUCAUGUUGUGUACAGCGUCAAUACUAAACCUGUCAUUCAUAUCACUGGACCGACACUACGCUGUCUGCCAGCCUCUCCAGUACAGGAGAAAGGUAACUGUUAACGCUGUGUUGAUCAUGAUUCUGACCACUUGGAGUGUUUCAGCUCUUAUAGGCUUUGGAAUGAUUUUUCUCAGGUUAAAUAUUUGGGGGAUUGAGGAGUUCUACUAUAACUACAUUGCGUGUGAAGGGAGCUGUGUUUUGUUUCAGAGUGGACUAUCGAGUACAGUCUCAUCAGUACUUUCAUUUUACAUCCCAGGAAUAAUAAUGCUUGCUGUUUACCUGAAGAUUUUCCUGGUGGCACAGAGACAGCUGCGCAGCAUACAGAAUACAAGCUGCAUGAGCUCAACAAAAGUAUCAAAUACAAGCCAGACAAAAGCCACCAAAACACUUGCUAUCAUAAUGGGGGGCUUUCUUUCUUUUUGGACUCCUUUUUUUGUAUGUAACAUCAUUGAUCCCUUUAUCAAUUACUCAACACCACCUGCUUUGUUUGAAACCCUUGUAUGGGUGGGCUACAUGAAUUCUGCUGUCAACCCUUUAAUAUAUGCAUUCUUUUACAGCUGGUUCAGAAAGGCAUUUCGAUUAUUUGCUUCAGGUAAAGUUUUUAAAUCUGACAUUUCAGAGACCACACUUUUUACAGAAUAAAUUGAUGCAGACACCUCUGGGAA